UUGCAUUCUUUUUAAUAGGAAUGGUGGAAUAAAGAAAAAAGAAAAUGAAAAAAUAGACGUCUAACCAACAUUGGUUCCUUUUCCUCUUGUGCACUCACCUUCUUUUUAUUCGUCUCGCUCGUUUUACUUAUUUUACUUAUUUUAAUUUUUUUAUUGGCCUUUGUUCCCCCAUUCACCCAUCGUUUUUGUUCAUUUUGCAUCGAUUUUUGCAUACCAUAGGAAAGAAGACCUCAUUGCAAUGUUUCGACGUUCAAAAUAUUGUUCAUCACGGUGGAAGUUUCGCAUUAUUGCAUUUCUGAUUGUGUUGUUGGGUGGCAGUUGGUUCUUGAUACUUCGUGCUGGCGAUCGUUAUUCUAUUGGAUGUUCCUCUUCCAAUGAAUGUUACCAAUUGUUGAUGUCCAAGGCUCGAGAAAUCGGCCAAAAUGGCAUGGAAUAUCUUCCUGCUCAGCUGCAUUCGCCAAAAAAGCCAUCCAAUCCCGCGCCGAUUAAUCAUGUCAUUUCCAAUCCAGUACAACAAGAAGCGGGCUUAUCGCCCAAGAAUUUCAUUGUGACCCCCACGCGUUCACCGGAACAAGAAGAAUAUGAUUUACUGACCGAUGUCACGGCGCCUCGUGUCAAGGCCGCAUUUGUCGUACUGGCCAGAAAUUCCGAAAUCCGGCAAUUGCGUUCGUCCAUGCGUUACUUGGAGGAUCGGUUCAAUCAUAAAUACAAUUAUCCGUGGAUCUUUUUGAACGAUGAACCAUUCACAGAAGAAUUCAAGAAUCUCAGCAAAGAAAUGACCCAAGCCGAAACACAAUAUGGAUUGAUCGCCAGAGAACAUUGGAGUUAUCCUGAUUGGAUCAACCAGACCUACGCUGCCGAAUGCCGGCAAAAGUUGGUGGAUAACAAUGUCGUGUAUGGAGGAAGUGAGAGUUAUCGCCACAUGUGCCGGUAUCAGUCGGGCUUUUUUUAUAUGCAUCCGUUAUUGGACGGCCUGGAUUAUUACUGGCGUGUUGAACCUGGUGUCAAGUUUUCAUGCGACAUUGAUUACGAUCCUUUCCGUUUCAUGCAAAUGCAUGAUUUGAAGUAUGGAUUUACGAUUGCUCUUGAAGAGUUGGAAGCGACCGUACCUACCUUGUGGGACGAGACACUCCGGUUUUUUAAAGCGCAUCCGCAAUACUUGUAUCCACGAACCCGUCCCGACAGCUUGCUGAAUUUUGUCAGCGAUGAUAAUGGACGAACUUAUAAUCUGUGUCAUUUUUGGAGUAAUUUUGAGAUUGCUUCUCUAAAAUUUUUACGUUCACCUGGUUAUCAAGCCUACUUUCGCCACUUGGAUGACGCUGGCGGCUUCUUUUACGAAAGAUGGGGUGAUGCUCCGGUGCACUCGCUAGCGGUGGCUCUCAUGCUGGGUUCCAAGGAUGUACACUGGUUCUAUGAUAUUGGUUACAAGCACGAUACUUUUGAACACUGCCCAUCCGAACCCAACUGGCUCUUGCAUGGUAAAUGUUAUUGCGACCCAGAGUUCAACUUUGGUAAGUCCUUUUUUUCUCGUCCAAAAAUAGGAUAUAACGCUACGUUACGAAUUUAAAGCCGUGGAUUAAUUUUUUCUUUUUUUCUUACUUUCCUUCAAAGAUCUAAACGGUGGUAACUGCGUUCCAAGAUUUUUGGCCACGACAAACCGAGAAAAGACGAGUUAUAUUGUGCUUCAAGAGGAAAAAGAAUAAUAAUAAUAAUAAUCUAAUGAAUUCAUCCAAUAGUAAUUAUAAAGCCCCAUCCACACCCGUUAUCCGGGUUUCCCAAAUAAUAAAGUCAGCGUAGAAUGAAAUUCUGGCAGGAAAGAAGUGUGGCUUGUUUGAAGGAGUUUUGGAGGCCAGUGGAACCCCACCGGAAUCCCACCGUCUUGGUCUAGUCCCGUCGUUUCUUUCUCUUUUCGUUCAUCACUAUGCCUGUGCCAACCACUCAGUUUUCCUAUCGAUCUGC